UCCAGAAAGCCAACUCCAUCACCAUCUCUAUUGACUAAACAAAAUUACCAAUUACACUAAUAAAAUAGAAUAAAGAAGGCGCUCUUGGAUCCAGAUCUUCUGCUUUUCUUCUAUAAACAAAACAUGGGGUUCCCCCCUCUACAAUCCCAAAACAGAUCACCUGUUCUCUUCUCGCAGCAAUGCCUGCAAGCCUAAGGCAUCUCCUGCUUUCCCGCACUAUCUUCUCCUUCACCUUACUUCUUUCGAUAAACACUCUUUUCUUCUCUUGUUGUUACUCUAUUAAUGAGCAAGGACUAGCUCUUUUAACAUGGAAGAACAAUUUAAACAACUCCACAGAUGCACUGAACUCUUGGAAUCCUGCAGACCCAAGUCCAUGCAACUGGUUUGGGGUUCACUGCAACUCAAAUGGCGACGUGAACGAGAUAAGCUUGAAAACAGCAGAUUUGCAAGGUCCAGUGCCUUCAAAUUUACAAUCUCUCAGGUCCUUGGAGAUCAUUAACCUAUCGUCAACAAAUCUAACAGGCACAAUUCCGAAAGAGCUAGGAGAAUAUAAGGAGCUCCGUGUGAUUGAUAUCAGCAGUAAUUCUCUCACAGGCGAAAUCCCAGUGGAAAUUUGCAGGCUCAGCAAGCUGCGGAGUUUAUUUCUCAAUUCAAAUUUCCUUGAAGGUGUUAUUCCUUCCAAUAUUGGAAACCUCUCAAGCCUUGUGCAUAUGACUCUCUAUGACAAUCAACUCGGCGGUGAAAUUCCAAAGAGUAUCGGAGCAUUAAGCAAGCUUGAAAUCUUCCGAGCAGGCGGGAAUAAAGAUAUCAAGGGUGAGCUGCCUUGGGAGAUUGGAAACUGCACUAACUUGGUUAUGUUAGGCCUGGCCGAAACCAGCAUUUCUGGAAGACUUCCUUCAUCAAUCGGUAUGCUGAAAAGAAUUCAUACCAUUGCCAUUUAUACGUCUCUACUGUCUGGUUCCAUUCCAGAAGAGAUUGGGAACAGCAGCGAGUUGCAGAACCUGUACUUGUACCAGAAUUCUCUCUCUGGUUCAAUCCCAAAGACAAUCGGGGAGCUCAGCAAACUCCAGAGUCUAUUGUUGUGGCAGAACAGCUUAGUGGGUACAAUACCGGUAGAGAUAGGAAGCUGCAGAGAGCUCACAGUAAUGGACUUAUCAGCAAAUCUUCUGACUGGCAGCAUUCCGAAAAGUUUUGGAGAGCUUUCCAAGCUUCAAGAACUUCAUCUAAGUGUUAAUCACUUAUCGGGUACCAUACCUUCUGAGAUCUCAAAUUGCACGGCUCUGACUCAACUGGAAAUCGACAACAACAGUAUUGAGGGCGAGAUUCCUGUUCUUAUUGGCAAUCUAAAGAGCUUAACUAUAUUUUUUGCCUGGGAGAACAGCCUAACAGGAAAUAUUCCAGAGAGUCUCUCCAAGUGCCAAGAUCUUCAGGCUCUUGAUUUCUCUUAUAACAACUUAUUUGGUCCAAUACCGAAGCAGAUAUUUGCUCUGAAGAAUCUCACAAAGCUGUUGCUGCUUUCCAAUGACCUCUCUGGCUUUAUAACUCCUGAUAUAGGAAACUGCACGAAUUUGUACAGGUUACGACUAAAUGGCAAUAGACUUGCGGGAACUAUUCCAUCGGAGAUUGGAAACUUGAGGAGUUUGAAUUUCUUUGACCUGAGCAACAACCGUCUUGUUGGAGGAAUUCCUCCAUCGAUAUCUGGAUGCAAAAACCUCGAGUUUCUUGAUCUUCAUUCAAAUGGGCUCGCUGGUUUUGUGCCAGAUACUCUGCCCAGAAGCCUGCAGUUCAUGGACAUCUCGGACAAUAGGCUUACAGGGCCACUGACUCAUAGCAUUGGAUCAUUAACGGAAUUAGCCAAACUCAACGUGGGAAAGAAUAAACUUUCUGGAAGAAUUCCAGCUGAGAUCCUGUCCUGCAGUAAGCUACAGCUCUUAGACCUUGGGAGCAAUAGUUUCUAUGGUGAGAUUCCAAAGGAACUCGGUCAAAUUCCAGCACUCGCAAUCUCUCUCAAUCUGAGCUGUAACCAAUUCUCUGGUGAGAUCCCAUCUGAAUUCUCGGGUCUUACCAAGCUAGGAGUCCUAGACAUCUCCCACAACAAGCUCAGUGGGAAUCUGAACAAUCUUGCAGAUCUUCAAAACCUUGUCUCCCUCAAUCUAUCCUUCAAUGACUUCUCUGGUGAAUUGCCCAACACUCCGUUCUUUCAGAAACUCCCUCUGAGUGACUUAGCUGCAAACAAAGGUCUCUACAUCUCCAACGGGGUUAUUACUCCGGCUGGCGGCAUGGGACCGGAUGGAAACACCAGAUCAGCGAUGAGGCUAGUGAUGUCCAUCCUCAUUAGCACUAGUGCGGUACUAGUGCUACUAGCAAUUUACAUAUUAGUACGUGCCCGUAUGGCCAGCAGCAAGCUCGCGGAAGAUGACUUUUGGGAAAUGACUCUGUAUCAAAAGCUCGAGUUCUCCACUGCUGACAUCGUCCAGAAUCUAACAUCAGCUAAUGUGAUUGGCACCGGGAGCUCUGGAGUUGUUUACCGGGUGACAAUUCCGAAUGGAGAAACUCUAGCAGUAAAGAAGAUGUGGUCAUCAGAAGAGUCGGGAGCAUUCAACUCUGAAAUCCAGACGCUGGGUUCAAUCCGACACAAGAAUAUCAUCCGGCUUUUGGGUUGGGCAUCAAAUCGGAAUCUAAAGCUUCUGUUCUACGAUUACCUCCCAAAUGGAAGCUUAAGUUCACUCCUGCAUGGUGCCGGGAAGGGAGGAGCAGAGUGGGAGGCUAGAUAUGAUGUUGUUUUGGGCGUGGCGCAUGCGCUUGCAUACUUGCACCAUGACUGUGUGCCUGCUAUUUUGCAUGGGGAUGUGAAAGCUAUGAAUGUGUUGUUGGGUUCUAACUAUGAACCUUACCUCGCUGACUUUGGGUUGGCUAGGAUUGUUGAUAGCAAUGGUGAUCACGAUGAUACCAAACUAAGUCAAAGACCUCUUCUUGCCGGUUCUUAUGGAUACAUGGCUCCUGAGCAUGCAUCGAUGCAGCGUAUCACUGAAAAAAGUGAUGUUUACAGUUUUGGUGUGGUUCUUCUUGAGGUGUUGACGGGCAGACACCCGUUAGACCCAACUUUGCCAGGUGGUGCGCACUUGGUUCAGUGGGUUCGUGACCACCUAGCGACUAAGCGAGACCCAGGUGACAUUCUUGAUUCAAAACUCAGGGGGAGGGCUGACCCUACAAUGCACGAAAUGCUCCAAACACUAGCAGUUUCGUUUCUCUGCAUCAGUACCCGCCCGGACGAUCGUCCCAUGAUGAAGGAUGUCGUUGCAAUGCUCAAAGAAAUUCGACAUGUGGAGGCCAUAAGGCCAGAACUUGACAUGUCAAAGGGAGGCUUGCCAGCUAUUCGUUCCUCACCUCCUGCUAGGAAAUUAGUUCCACAAGGAGGGUCGUCUAGUUGCUCCUUUGCUUUCUCCGAUGAUUCCGUUUAAGAAUUAAUUAUAUAUUUCAGGAGGUGCUUGAUGUGUUGUGUAUAAUCUAUCAAAGAAUUCAUUAGAGAAGGCAGUAGAUUGCAGGAGGAAUUGUAGUUUCUGCUGUAUGCGGUUGCUGUAAAUUAAAAAUAAUUGAUCUACUAGUAUAACUCUCAAUUCAAAUA